GCCAUCACGCUCAGGCUGUCUACUUGUUCCAGUUCACACCGCGGCUGAGCCGAGAGGGGAGCGAGAGCGCAGGGAGACAUAUUGCUGCCGCCGCCGCUCCUGGAAGCCAUCCUGGUGUUGGCCCAGAUCCACUUCAGGGAAAAUGUCCAGCAGGGGUGGGAAGAAAAAGUCAACGAAGACCUCUCGCUCAGCAAAAGCUGGGGUCAUAUUCCCUGUUGGACGAAUGCUACGUUAUAUAAAGAAAGGUCACCCGAAGUACAGAAUUGGGGUCGGUGCACCAGUGUAUAUGGCUGCUGUUCUUGAAUACCUGACCGCGGAAAUUCUUGAAUUGGCUGGAAAUGCAGCACGAGACAACAAAAAGGGUCGCGUGACACCUAGGCAUAUCCUGUUGGCUGUAGCAAAUGAUGAAGAAUUAAACCAGCUAUUGAAAGGCGUCACCAUAGCUAGCGGUGGUGUGUUACCAAAUAUUCAUCCAGAAUUAUUGGCAAAGAAGCGGGGAUCAAAAGGAAAACUAGAAGCCAUCAUCACUCCACCCCCAGCUAAAAAGGCAAAAUCUCCAUCACAGAAGAAAACCACAGCAAAGAAAACAGGUGGCAAGAAAGGAGCAAGAAAGUCUAAGAAACAGGGAGAAGUCAGCAAAUCAGCAAGUGCUGACAGCACAACAGAAGGCACCCCAACAGAUGGUUUCACUGUCCUGUCUACUAAAAGUCUAUUCCUUGGGCAGAAGCUGAACCUUAUUCACAGUGAAAUCAGUAAUUUAGCCGGCUUCGAAGUGGAGGCCAUAAUCAAUCCCACCAAUGCUGACAUUGACCUUAAAGAUGAUCUAGGAAGCACUUUGGAGAAGAAAGGUGGAAAAGAAUUCCUGGAGGCCGUCGUUGAACUUCGCAAAAAGAAUGGGCCGUUGGACACAGCAGGAGCGGCCGUCAGUGCAGGCCAUGGAUUGCCCGCUAAGUUUGUGAUCCAUUGCAAUAGCCCCAGUUGGGGUUCAGACAAAUGUGAGGAACUGUUGGAGAAGACAGUGAAAAACUGCUUAGCACUGGCAGAUGAGAAGAAGCUGAAAUCAAUUGCAUUUCCUUCCAUUGGAAGUGGCAGGAAUGGCUUCCCAAAACAGACUGCUGCCCAGCUGAUCCUGAAAGCCAUUUCCAGCUAUUUUGUGUCGACAAUGUCCUCUUCAAUCAAGACAGUGUAUUUUGUGCUCUUCGACAGUGAGAGUAUAGGGAUUUAUGUGCAAGAAAUGGCCAAGUUAGAUGCCAACUAAGCAUAGAGAGUAAACAAGACCUGCCUCCUGGCCCAUUGCCAUUCCCCUCCAAUUCUUAAUUCCUCAUUGUGAAACAGAAUGCCCCAUAUUUUAAAUUUUGUUCUUCUAGGGGAAUAACAGUGGGGCUUUUUUUUUUUUUUUUUGACUUUCUAAAAUGUUUUUACGUUGGCACUGAUAGUUGGCAUUACUGCUGUUAAUGCACUGUAUUCCAGGCAUUGUCUGAAUCUAGUGUAAUCUAGGAGAUUUUAUAGUUUUAUUUUAAUGAAGUAUGGAUUGAUGCGGAAAGUUGUUAGCAGUACAUAGUCUUUUAUUCGUGGAAGAAACCGGCAGACCCUAUUUUGUAACUGUGUCGUGGUGCUUUUAUCAAGUGGCGUUCCUUUCUCAUUUUUUAAAGAAGGAAAGCGGGGGAGAUACUACACACCUAAUUUGUGUUUACUUUUUGUCUUAAUGAUGGAUCUGAGCAAAGAAGAACCUUGUUGCCCUUAAUUAUAUUUGGAAUUUGUGUGAAUUGAUUUAGUAAAAUGUUUGAAAUGGUAGUUGGUGUGUACCAAGUUGAUGUUUUGCAAGCCUCUGAUAAAUGACUGCAUCAAAUGUUUCGAUUGUUGGCCAGACAAUGCACUGGUGCUUCAAUACAAUGACUAGCCAAGUACUCAUUCAUUAAGUUCUUAUAUCUGAAAGAAUAAACCUAAGACUGUAUAGAAGGUCUAUGAUGGAGGAAGCACCACUGAGUUCUACUGCACCAUAUUGACCAUGGCUCAAGGUGGUAUGGCCUUGAUUCCCCAUCGCUUCCAUACGAUGGAACACAGUAUGCUAUCUCUUGAGCUGAUGUAGUUUCUGCCUGUUUGAGGUUGUACUGGGGAAAAGCUAAGCCUAGUACUUGAUUGAGUCUUUGUAUUCCUCGGCUGCUCCCCAAACCAUCCUGUUUUGCUCCACAGAAAGUCAGCAUCAGUGGAUUCUUGCCUCUUGCAUGCUAUUCCUUCCUGCAAUCUUUUCCUUUGGUCAUACAAGGAUAUUAUUGAGUCUUACCAAUUUUAUGCAAAACAAAAGUGUGGUCUCAAACAAUGAAGCUUUUAUUCAUGAAUAUCUUGCUUAAAAUAGAUCUCAAAUACCAACUGACCUUUUAAAUGAAUAGUUAAAUUUAAAGAUUGCUUUGAAAAGUAUAGAGUUAUUUCGUAGCACUGCAGAUGUUCUUAAUAGUGCAUUUUCUACAAAUUCCACUAGAUGUCACUAAAAGGAUUAUAAGAGCUUGAGAAAUAACUUAUUGCUGGAAUAUUUUUUUUCCUGUAAGUUGCCAAGUUUAGUUUGUCAGCACUUUUUAUAUGGCCAUUAUUUCUGCGAUCUGCCUAACACUAAUGGAGCAUUAGAUGCCCCCCUGUAUGUUCUUUGCAAGGAAAAUGCUGUGGGUGUGUGAAUUUGAAACUUCACCAUAAUAUUAGAUAUCGGAAUUCUGAGAUGACUGCCUGCCAUGUUGCAUCAUUUUCUGACAGUAAAUGAAAAACAAAUGUUUUCCUCCAGCCCAGAGUUCUGCAAGGCAGAGUUUAUAUUAUACCCCACAUGCAAAAUAUAUUUGACAAAUUUGCCCUCCUAUUUUUACAGCAGGGUGGGCUGCAGAGGUGGGAGGUUAGUGGCAUUCCUCUGGACAUGAAAGGAACAGUUUUUAAUUGUCCUCUGGAGCAUGUCAGAAAUAUCCACCUGACCAGACUUCCUGCUGGCACUGAUUUCUAUCCCUAGUGCAGGUACUUACAUGUUCUUUCUUUCAUGCACAUUGGCAUGUACCUAUAUUUGUGCCCAGCUUCUCUGCAGCCAGAUGUCUGCUCUUGCAGCCUCUUCGUAGAAUUUUAUGCAUUGGGCUUUUACCCACCCCCAGCCCUUUCCAGCCAGAGAUUGUGGAGCUUUUGCAGCCCAGCCAUUUCUGGCUGCAGAUGUUACGUCUGCACAACUGAAACUCCAGAGCCUCUCCUAAGCUGCAUGGAACUUACCUAAGUUGGAGCAGAUGCCUCGCUUCUACCAUUUGCAGUCUGAGAUUGUACUGUUUAUGCUAAAGGCAACGCUUUGAUCUUGGACUACAAAUAGCAGCCAGCCCUUCACAAGGGAGCUCUCAGCCCACCAGGAGCUUCCUUCUGUGGAGCUUCUAUCAGUGGCACCUGUAUGAUUGUGGUCUUCAUGGGCUCUGGCUUCAAAUGGGCAACAUACUCACCUACUGUGGUGCUCUCGAGCUUUUUUCCAGUCAGGGCUCACACCCUCCGACCAGCGAGUGCAACCUGAGUUUGUGAGGUUGGAGAGCCCCUCAUUCUAGCUGGUCAGAUCUGUGCAGCAUGGGACUUGUUUCCAGUUAGAAAUUAGGGGAUUUGCCCAGGGUAGAGUUCUAUUCUUCACCACUUCUCCUGUGAAUGAAAGCAUGAAGUAGAGAUGGAAAAAGUGCAAGACUGGGCCAUCAAAACAGCCAGGAUGUCAGCACAUCUUCCCUGUGCGUACAGGCUAGGGCAUGUCAGACACUGUCAUCUCGAAAAGUGACAGCAGAUGAAAGUACACUAUUGUAUGAACAUACAGACAGAGAUAUUUUUUCUCUUCCUCCAGUAACAAGACUUGGAAGAACCUAAUGUAUUUUCAAUAAAUUCAGACAUAUUUCUUCACAUAAUCCCUAAUUACCUUGCAGAUUUAUUGGCGUAAGAUUUGAGAACUACUAUUUUUGAUGAACUAGAUAUGAAUAAUUAGCAGGGGGUGGGUUUCUUAACAAGUACUAGGCAAGAUGGAUUAAUGGAUCCUCUGCGGAUAAAGUGAUGUUCUUCUGACACCUAAGUGCUGUAACUGGAGGUGCAUAGAUUUGGAUAAAUCUGUUCUGUCUGUGUCAUGGAUUGACUGGCAUCUUUCAUUCUUCCGUCCAAGUACAAGCGUCUGCAGCACUACGGUGGCACCUGCAUGUUCUGCUACAGGUUGCACAAGCAGAUCUGAACAGCACCUCGUGCAAUGAAGGCAUCGCACGUUGCAAGUGCGUGGCUUGUGCGAGUGGAAUCAAAACAUGGGCUCACGACUAUCGGGCGAGGAUGACAAUAAAGCUUUCCGCAAAUAGAGGAAGCUUUAUGCGAGCAGAGUAUAACUGCUGGACACAAACUUGUAUUCUCAGCACAGAGUUUGUUUUACUUUUUCCACAUGUUUAUUCGAAUCAGUGUGGUGAAAGUCAAGGGUUUUUUAUUUGUUGCACAUUUCUGAAAUGUAAUAGAACUACAGAUAUAGGAAUUGGACCCACUAAAGGCAAACGAAUUGGGCCCGGCACCUCUGCAGAUGUUGCCCAAGAACUGAUUCUAAUGGGGAAGGGCAGGUGGAAAGUGUUGACAAGGCUCUAAGGGUGUGGGAACAGGAGCCCAGGAAGAAUAGCAGAGAAAGAAGCCCUCUAAUAUUUUGAAGAACACCAGGCUGGGUCCUUGGACCUGUGAGCAUGCAGGCUUCUGACAGAGGAGGAGGGUUGCAAUGCAGAUCAAAAAAUUAAUCAUCAGCUGAAAAGGGAGGGUCCACAGCUAGUGACGUGGCACUCAAAGGGACUUGCAGCCAGGGAGGUGAUGUGGUAGAAAGACCCCUGAGGGAAGGACUGGUAUCCCGAUUGGCUUGACAAGAGCAGGCUGUAGCUGACAGUGUUCGUUCCAUGACAACUCUUGUUCUAAGCCAGGGAACUAAAUAAAGCUUAAGAGGUACAGUGUCAUGCAAAGCCUGCCUAAAACCUUUUGUGUCUUCUGGAAUCUUAAGCAAAGCUUGCUUGCUCAUCAUUUGUAUAAUAAACGUAAUUGACUAAAAA